UAUUGAUGCGACUUCUUUGUUCUCAUCUAGAAUACGGCCAACCAUACUUCUGUCACCAUCACCUGUUUAUCUUCGUACUUUCUAAAAAGCCCUCCAAACUGCUGUUUCUUCUUACUACUCACAAACUCUUCUUUAGUUACUCUAUCUUACAUACUCCCGCCACAACACCAUUGUUCUUUCUUACCAGUUGCAACCUCUUCUUUAGCUGCUCUAUCUACAUAUAUUCCCUUUAUGCCAUCCUUCAAGCAUCAGCAUCAACAACAAAAGCACCACUCUUUUCAUCCUCCUCCAUUAUUUUGGGAUAAACUCUCUAAGCUGUGGUUAACCAAGAGCGCGUUAAGAGAAGCCAACCGACGAAACAGAUCCUUGUUCUUAUACCAAGGCUCCUCUUCUAUUCCUCAUACCUUUGCUCCUGAUUUCUUGCGCAACUGUUCUACUGCUCGCUUAAAAGAAGUUAGAAGAUUUUCCCGCUGUGGAGGACCGGAUCUAUCAGAUAUUAGAGAUUAUCCCGCACCAGCCCACUUCGAUCAGUACUCUAUGGAUCCUGAUGAUCCCAGCCCGAAGCGCACUACCACCAAGGGAAGCACAGCUUACGACCCCCAUUUUGAGGGACAUCUAAACGACCAUGGUAUCUUCAUGCCAUCUGGUACAUAUCCAGACGGUACUAAGCCACCUAGGCCGGCAAACAUUGCAGAAAUUCAAAGAAGACUACGGAACUCUCGACCUUCAAUGGCACUAUCAGAAAACUCCUUAGAGAGAGAAUACGAAAACUUUACUACAGUUAACGACAAGACUUCUGAUGAGCAGCUGGUUGUCAAGAAAAUCCUUCCUUUUCUUGAAGGCUCGCAGCAAUACUCCUUUGAAGAUGGCGGCAAUCACUCAUUCACAAAUUUGACUCCCCUAACAGACGGCACCCUAGCUAAUGCUACGCCUGAUUUUUACCAUGGCGCGCGCCCGAACCAGCUAGAUAACGACAUCCGGGAAGACCUGAGUAACACGAUUAUUCCAACGCGUCGGACCAACCGUCCAAUAGCACCAAACUUCUUCCUUGAGACAAAAGGCCAUGAUGGAAGCUCCGCCGUGCUUAAACGCCAGGCCUGUUAUGACGCUGCUCUGGGAGCACGAGCUAUGCAUGCUCUGCAGCAAUAUGGGCAUGGACAGAGCAGCAAUAAGCCGAAUUAUUACGACAAUAAUGCCUAUACUAUCGCAGCUACUUUCAAAGAUGGACUGCUAGGGUUGUACGUGACUCACCCUACCAGAUCUACGGACAAUAAUGAUCCAGAUACCAAUUAUGUGAUGACCCAGGCUGGGCAAUGGGCAUUACAUGGUGACCCAGAUACUUAUCAGCGGGGUAUAACGGCCUAUCGAAAUGCCCAAGACCUGGCCAGGGAAUUCAGGGACGACUUAAUCAGGCAGGCAAAUGAACAAUACGCAGCUGGCCAAGAUAAUGCCAGUGGUUCUGAUGGAUCUGAGGAAACUAUUAAAUUGUGAAGGCUCAACAUAUAGUGAUUGAGAUGGUUCGAUGGUUGUUGAGCUGACUUUUCUCUGGGUUACUAUGCGAAUGUGAGAUACCAGGGCUUUAGCAAAUCAAUAGCAGCUUGUUGUGCCAU